AUGUCAACAGGUACAGCCAUCGGCAUUGACUUAGGAACGUCCUUCUCGUGCGUCGGUGUGUUCAAGCACGACAGGGUGGAAAUCGUAGCCAACGAUCAGGAUCACCGCACAACGCCCACUUGUGUGGCCUUUACAGAUAAGGAGCCGUCUGAUUGGGCGCACUUUCGACGACGAGGCAGUGCAGGAUGA